AUGAUCAAGAAUAAGGAGUUGGCUCACGAUGUGAAGGGUCGUCCUCACCAUCAUUAGGUUACUUGGUGGCUUGUGCUGCGUUUGAGCCUUUUGCUUCUUGAUAGCAGUGGCACAGGUUUGAGUGCUUCUGAGCAUAUUUUGGUGGGGGCUUGGGUAGACCUUUGCCUGAAAAUAAACAUACAAGUGUAGAACCUGAGCCUGUUCACCCCGCUACCAUCUCAGACCCGGCGCCAGGAUAAAGUGACUAAGGGUGCAGUUGAAAUUGGCAAGGGGGAACCUGAGGAGUAUUUUUCUCCACUCAUACAGGAGUAAUUAAGGCUGCAGCACCCUUGUUAACAUGCAUUAGAGAAACUGACUGGAUGACUUAGAUAGGACAUUGUUACAAGACUAGCAACACACAUACGUAUAGUAGUAUACUGUAUAUCAUGGUUAAACAAUGCAUUCUUGACACACAAUUGCUUUCCAUAUCAAUGCUUUCAUUAUCAAUGUGGGUCUCACAAUUCAAGAGCAUACAGAUGCAAUACAAUAGCAUUUAAAUGGAUACAGCAGCGUUUCCCAAACUAGGGGUCGUGACCCCAUGUGGGGUUGCCUGAAAUGAAAAUAGGGUCACGGGAGAAUUUCCAAAAUCCGGAAGAUUUGUUUUAAAUACAAAACAAAUAUAUAUUAGCCUAUAAUAUCAUAUUUGUAUCUCAAAAUCAUUGUAAUGUAAUGUACCUUAAAAAUCGACAUGAAAAUUAUAAAAAUCUAAAAGAUAGAAUUCUAUGGUGUAAGAGAAUGAUGAGCAGAUAAGAGGCAAUCUGUAAUUUCGAUUAAGACAUUAAUGAGCGAGUUAAGACCGACGUAGUCAGUAUAACUAUUUGUUUAGCACUUUUGAAAUGUACAGCGACAGAAUCCAGAACAUGGGCCGUUCUUACAGUAUUCUCCCUGUACACCAAGCCAGAACCAUAGGAUAAAUAAAGGGGGCAUUUAAGCAGACAAUGAAAGCUCUUACAAUAUUCGAUGAUGACAUUUCUCUAAAAUAGGCUAUAGGCUACAUGUGCACCACCAAGUCAGAACAGCAGGCUAAGUUAUGAGGGGGAAAGGUACCAAAUUAUUAGGGUGAGGCACAUGGGCUAAUAACAGCUUACUACACAACAUACACUUAGUAUUACUUUCUUAGCUACAGUAUACAUAUCUCUCUGGCAUAUUACAUCAUUUAUGCAGUAGCAUACAAUACAUUUUUGGACUCACCUUGUUGUGCUGUGCUCACUUGAACAGGAAGGUGGCGUGGCUGUCCUUAUUGUGGGCAGAUUUUGUCAUCAAACUUUGUCAUCAAAGUCUGGCAUUCUCUGGAUUUAUGGUGCUUUCAAGACAACUGGGAACUCUGAAAAAAAUAAGGAUGAAUCAUGAUAUAAUAAUAUGCCAUUUAGCAGACGCUUUUAUCCAAAGCGACUUACAGUCAUGCGUGCAUACAUUUUUGUGUAUGGGUGGUCCCGGGGAUCGAACCCACUACCUUGGCGUUACAAGCGCCGUGCUCUACCAGCUGAGCUACAGAGGACCACAUGAUGACGUCAGUGAUCUUCAGGUCGGAGCUCUAGAAAGACGCCUGAGUUCCUGACUUGGAUUUCCGAGUUGGAUGACUGUUCAGAACGUAUUUUCCCAGUCAGAGCUUGUUUCUUUCCAAGUUCCCAGUUGUCUUGAACUGACUGAAGUCUGAGAUUUCCCAGUUUUGAGUUUCCAGUUGUUUUGAACGCGGUAGAAGUCAUGCUGGAUUGACAGCAUGGCCAAUGUAUUCAACCUUUUCUGGCCCAUGGUGUUGCAUGUGAAUGUUUAUCCUUUUAAGCUUGGAAAAGAGACUCUUAAACCCAGACUUGGACCACACACCCUCUCCACUGAAUAGCAGGCUAGUGAUUGCUUUGCAACGCUUGCAGUUAGCCACUGAUUUGCGAUUUACAACUUGUUGUGUAAUGUUUAUGUCCAAUGGCCGAUGAGCACCGAUACAUUUUAUCUAUAAUUUCUCUUCAUAUGACAAGGAUUGAAAAGGAUUUGCCAGUAGAUUGUUGACUUGAUUCAUGAUGAUGACUGCUUCUCUAGCUUGCUAGCUAAGAUUUUGAAAGUAUGAUGACAUGAUCAGUCCAAUCAAAGCUACGGUAGAUAUACCAUGAUUUGACGUCAUUUUAUCUGUGGUCAAUGACCUUGAGACUUCUUGGAUGGGCACUUCUAAUGUAAAUCUAUGGCAGCACCCAAAGGGCUUGAACUUUCUAGCUCUCCCCGUAGAUUUUGCGGUGACGUAGUGUCCGCAUGAAUGACAGAACACUGAGCCAAUCACGGCGCAACUAGAGAACAUUACCAACCCCUACGCUCUGUAUUUUCCUCUGGCUGCCCCACCACCACAGAUAGCACUGAGCUAGGCUGAAACACCUGCAUUUUGGAGCUGCCUUAAUAAAGAACGCAAAGAGGAGACCAUUUUUAUAUGUGGCUUUAUUAACUCAAAGAUGAUUUUUUUUUAUACAUUGUUUGCAAACUGAUAUGUGACACGUAUUAAUGCCAAAAUAACAUGCAAAACAGGCAAAACAAUUAUAUAUAUAUAUAUAUAUUUAUUUUUUGCUAAACAGGUGGGGCUCAACACAGGUGGGGCUCUGCACCACAUGCCUUGAAUGACGGGUCGCCACUGCACACAGGUGAUGAUCGCUCUCCUCCAACGCUUGGAAGAGCACUUUGGGACCUACUUCCCAAUCUAUUUGAUUGUGAUCCUGGCCCAGUUGACAUGCCGGUAAGUGAAAUUGAACAGCUGAUCGAGCUGUCAUGUGACCGAAUGCAUUCACGGGUCACAACAGAGGAGUUUUGGUUCCUGACUCAAAGGGAAUAAAUACCCUGCCGUCUCCCUCUAAGCAUUAAUGCCGUGUUCAAAACAACUGGGAACUCGGAAAUCUCCGACUUCCGACUUCAGUGUGUUCAAGACAACUGGGAGCUCCGACUGGGAAAAAUAGUUUUGGACGGUCAUCCAACUCGGAAUUCCAACUCGGGAACUCAGGCCUCUUUCUAGAGCUCCGACUUUCCGACCUGAAGAUCACUGAUGUCAUGAUUUGACCUCGUAUUUUUCCAUGUUCCCAGUUGUCUUGAAAGCACCAUCAGUGCUCUCGUCUGCAUUAAAACCAAAUAUCGAUCCAGGUUGGAUGUGACAGCAGAGAUGACGUGCGCACUGUCGACCUUGCCCCCUGACUUUGAGAAGCUCAGAGGCGACAUGCAUCAAGCACACCCAUCUCAUUAGUGGUGGUGAGAUAAGAUACAUUAUGUCAGACUAAUUUGCAAUUGACUGUCAUAGCCCCACAUUAAAAGUAUGUGAUGGUGAGUUGAGAAGACAAUCAGAAAUACUGUUAGAAUGUUUUUCAAUUGACUGCCAUAGCCCCAAAUAAAAAAGUUAACAUUUGCUGUUAAUUACAGAUUUUAUUUCACAUGGUUGGGGUCGCGAGAAUUUUCAGAUAUCAAUUUUUAUGGGGGAAACCCUGAUACAGUAUAAUCAACAAAAGCUAGAGUCAUUUGCUGGUAUUUCCAGAUUCAAGAGGGAGAUAGAAGACCUUUGUGUUUUCAUCCCUGGGGGUCUUGGGAAAAGCCCAGACAUGUCAGGGACCACUGGACAUGCUGCGGCAUAGUCACACUCUUAAUCCUAUUCAUAUUAUAUUUUACUAAUCUUUAAAAGAAAGCAAUUCAAUUAAUCAAUUGGAUACACCACUAAUGCCCCAAAAAGUGCUAUUUUCGUACCAGUCGGGUGUAGUGGAAACACUAACCAACACACAUGCCUCCCGACAAGGGGGGUUCGAGCCACGCUUGGCCACUGUCUGUGCCCUUCCUUUCUGUGUCCCUCUUGAUAUCCGUCUCCCUCUGUACUUCACAACUAUCCAGUCAAAAUGUAUCCUAAAAACGUAGACUACUAGUUUCCUAAAUUUAGGGAAUAUCCUGUGCUUUAGGUAGCCUACAUAAUUUUGCAGGAUUGGUCCAGGGUUUUGUGAAUAAAAUGGUAGAACUACAGACAUAAAUAGAAAAACUAGGUCUUUCUAUGAUCGAUUUUUACACCAUAAUAGAGUUGUACACUUCUUUAUAGUUCUUGGCACACAAGCAUUUCAGCAUGGGGUAAAAUUACACAACCAUUUAUCAGGCUAAGUAGGCUUCUUGUGUAUCUGUGGGCUGUCUGUGCGGUCAAAAAGGUCAACACGUUGAGGAGGAUUCACCUUGACUUGAAUUCUUUGUCAUUAAUGAGGACUGGGGGACUUCACUCCUAGCCCAGAGUAUACAGUGGCUUGCGAUAGUAUUCACCCCCCUUGAUUUUUGAGGAGUUUAUAUCAUUUGAUUUACACAACAUGCCUACCACUUUGAAGAUGCAACAUAUUUUUAUUGUGAAACAGACAAGACAUAAGACAAAAAAACAGUAAUAACUAUUCACCCCCCCAAAGUCAAUACUUUGUAGAGCCACCUUUUGCAGCAAUUACAGCUGCAGAUCUCUUGGGGUAUGUCUCUAUAAGCUUGGCACAUCUAGCCACUGGGAUUUUUUCCCAUUCUUCAAGGCAAAACUGCUCCAGCUCCUUCAAGUUGGAUAGGUUCCGCUGGUAUCCAGCAAUCUUUAAGUCAUACCACAGAUUCUCAAUUGGAUUGAGGUCUGGGCUUUGACUAGGCCAUUCCAAGACAUUUAAAUGUUUCCCCUUAAACCACUCGAGUGUUGCUUUAGCAGUAUGCUUAGGGUCAUUGUCCUGCUGGAAGGUGAACCUUCGUCCCAGUCUGAAAUCUCUGGAAGACUGAAACAGGUUUCCCUCAAGAAUUUCCCUGUAUUUAGCGCCAUCCAUCAUUCCUUAAAUUCUGACCAGUUUCCCAGUCCCUGCCGAUGAAAAACAUCCCCACAGCAUGAUGCUGCCACCACCAUGCUUCACUGUGAGGAUGGUGUUCUCGGGGUGAUGAGAGGUGUUGGGUUUGCACCAGACAUAGCGUUUUCCUUGAUGGCCAAAAAGCUCAAGUUUAGUCUCAUCUGACCAGAGUACCUUCUUCCAUAUGUUUGGGGAGUCUCCUAUAUGCCUUUUGGCGAACACCAAACGUGGUUGCUUAUUUUUUUCUUUAAGCAAUGGCUUUUUUCUGGCCACUCUUCCGUAAAGCCCAGCUCUGUGGAGUGUAUGGCUUAAAGUGGUCCUAUGGACAGAUACUCCAAUCUCCGCUGUGGAGCUUUGCAGCUCCUUCAGGGUUAUCUUUGGUCUCUUUGUUGCCUCUCUGAUUAAUGCCCUCCUUGCCUGGUCCAUGAGUUUUGGUGGGCGGCCCUCUCUUGGCAGGUUUGUUGGGGUGCCAUAUUCUUUCCAUUUUUUAAUAAUGGAUUUAAUGGUGCUCCGUGGGAUGUUCAAAGUUUCAGAUAUUUUUUUUAUAACCCAACCCUGAUCUGUACUUUUCCACAACUUUGUCCCUGACCUGUUUGAAGAGCUCCUUCGUCUUCAUGGUGCCGCUUGCUUGAUGGUGCCCCUUGCUUAGUGGUGUUGCAGACUCUGGGGCCUUUCAGAACAGGUGUAUAUGUACUGAGAUCAUGUGACACUUAGAUUGCACACAGGUGGACUUUAUUUAACUAAUUAUGUGACUUCUGAAGGUAAUUGGUUGCACCAGAUCUUAUUUAGGGGCUUCAUAGCAAAGGGGGUGAAUACAUAUGCACGCACCACUUUUCAGUUAUUUAUUUUUUUGAAUUUCUUGAAACAAGUGAUUUUUUUUCAUUUCACUUCACCAAUUUGGACAAUUUUGUGUAUGUCCAUUACAUGAAAUCCAAAUAAAAAUCUAUUUAAAUUACAGGUUGUAAUGCAACAAAAUAGGAAAAACGCCAAGGGGGAUGAAUACUUUUACAAGGCACUGUAUCUCCUUACAACCAGCACUGGGUCAUUGUCUGUCUACCAACACCAGGUGACACAGUUUGGGAGUCAUUCGAUGGAUAUGGUCAGGGCAGCAAGCACCAGGACUCACGGAGGACCACCAAGCCAGAGCUGGGGCCGAUGCAGAACGGAGAGGAGAUGAGCCCUCAAGCACAAGACAGCAACAAGGCUGGAGGGGCGGCCGCGAAGGAGGAGGAGAAGAGCCAGACCCCUCAGACCUACCUCCGCCUGGGCCUCCCGAGUGCACAAGGCCCAGGCUCGUCUUCCACACCCAGUUGGCCCAUGGCAGCCCCACAGUCCUCAUCCAUGGCUUCACCAAUGUCAAGGAGCUGUAUUCCAAGAUCGUCGAGGUGUUUCAUAUCUCUCCCUCUGAGGUACCGUAGGCUGGGGUGUUCUUUGUUAAUUUCUGCUGGUUGGUUAGGCCAAUACAGUAUAAGAUCUGAUCAUGAGGAUGUUCUGAUUUUAAGUCAUGCUGGCAGGUUGAGUGAUGUUAUGAAAAUGUAAUAUCUUAAUGUUUAUCUGAUUUACUAUUUUGAGAAUUGUAGGUAGGAGGUGUAAAGUUGGUAUAAAGUCUCAAAUUAGACUGAUGUAUUACACAAAAAUUUACUCAGGAUCAUUUUCAGAGUUGGAAGGACUUUGAUCAUUUUGACUUUUGAUCGAAUGUUACGUAUAAAAUAGUCAGUUUGAAAAUAAUUUAUGAAACAUUCCAGAACAUUCCAGAGGCGAUUUCUGAGAUCCAGAGUUUACUGACUUGUCUUUACAGUAACUAUGAAUGAAUGCUUUUAACAAUGAACAACUACAAUGUGUGGAUGGCCUUCUAGUAAUGUCGUAAAAGCAGCUGGAAGAACACACAUUGUUCUUGAGAGAAAUGUACUGAUCUGGCCUGAUGAACAACCUUUUAGUGGUUCACGGCUGUCCACACUGCAACCUGUUGCUGUCUCAAUGCUAUCACAGAUGACAGAAAGAUAGGGAUUAUCUAAGGUAGGUCAGUAGAAUUAUAUAAUAUAGUUUUAAGAACACAUUUGAUACAAUAAUACAGAAUCUUCCUUUCUUGGGGGGUACAGGUUUUGUCUUGUAAAUGUUCCUAAUAAUGCUGUAGUUUGUGUAUGUGCUAUUAUAGUUUUUUUUUUUUUUUUCAAGGCUUAUGAGUGGGAGUACCCUGAAAUGUGA